AUGGUAACACCUAGAACUCAGAACGAGCUCGAAGGAUGGGAGAUUAUUAAAAGAGACAGCGAGGGCUCUAUUUUAGGCGACAAUCUGGAAACAAGACGCAUCCGCAGAAGGGGUGAAAAAAGCGGCGAGCGAGAGCACAUCUCACUCAAGAGAAUCAGCGAUUCCGUCGAAUUCGGGUGCGGUGACUCAAUCGUGAUGAAGGACUCGGUGACAGAUUCAUUUUCUGUAUAUAUGGUCCACGAAAUUCGACUGAAUACCCUAAACCACCUGGUAGAGGUCUGGGCAUUCACAUAUCUGGAAAGCUUUGAACUUGAUCCUGGCGAUUAUCUACGAGCCCGUGGCCCCAAAGCUCUACCAAAGGGUACACAUUUGUACGAGAUGAGCGACAAGCAAAUUACUGAACUUUUCAAACAAACCUGUAGCUCAAAUGAACUCUGCUUGACGGCAGAACUUACAGAAGUUUACCUUUCGGAUUUCAUAGCUAAAGCAACGGUGUUAAGUGCAGAUGAUAGUAAAUCCAGUACGAUUAAUAACCUAAAGGAAAAUGAGUUCUCAGUCCGUUUUGCUUGUGAGCCCGAAGGUGUCUCUUUUAGUAAAAUUGAUAUUCACCACAUAAAGAAAAAUGUGAUUGUUUGGGAACCUAAAGCCUCUCACGAAUAUGUUAAAGAGUUGACGACGCAUGAGUCUCGAUUGAGAGCCAAAAGAAAAAUUGUAAAGCCGACAAAAGAGGUUGCACUAGUUCAAAAAAGUACGCCCUCAAAAGGUUCCCAGUCUUCUCAAGUUGCCAAGAGCCCGUUACAGGAGCCCAAAUCAAAAAAAUCGGAGGAUGAGUCAGAUGAUAAGGAACUCUCCAGUGGUGAGGAAUCAGAUGAAUAUGAUGACGCUACUGACGAGCUCAAAAUAUUGGGUCUAGAGGUAGGAAUAAGGAAACCAUUCACAUUACAUGAGGCAACGUCCUCCAGUAUGAGCUCCGACGAUGAUCUUUACGAUAUUGAUUUGAAAAAGCCGAGCAAGGGAGGAAAAGAAGAAGCAAAAGGGGUGAAGCAAGAUGAAGAUGAAGGAGAAGAAGAAGAAGAAGAGAAAGAGAAUGACAAGAUAGAUGAAGAUGAAGACGAAGACGGAGAUGAGGAUGAGGAUGAGGAUGAGGAUGAAGAUGAAGAUGAAGAUGAGGAUGAAGAUGAGGAUGAAGACGAGGACCAGGAUGAAGAUGAGGAUGCAGAAGAAGAAGAAGAAGAAGAAGAAAAAACUGGAGAACCAUUCAUUGGGACUCGUAAAAGGUCUUCUACAAGAAGCUCUAAAAGUUCGCGCAAAGCUGCCAAAUUGGCCGAUUCACGGAAGACUUCUCGCUCUCCUAAAAGGAGCAGAACAAGCGAUUCAACGUCAGCUAGCAUAAAGAAAUAUACGAAGAAAAAUGUUUCUAGAGCAAAGAAGGCAUAUACUCCUUUCUCUAAGAGAUUCAAAAGACCCGAAGACAUCCCCGACUUGACAAAGCUUGCAGAAUUUAAUCAAGAUCAGAUAGACUUGGAUGUCGCAGCAAUUGAAAACAGGCUCAGAAGUCCGAAGAAACAACACACGACAGAAACUAUUUUUUCCAAAGUUAAGCAACAACUCUACACCUCUCACGGUAAAGAUGAGAUUAUGAAAGCAGCCAACUUUGACGAGUAUCUACCUGCCCGAGAAAAUGAAUUUGCUUCAAUUUAUUUAAGUCUAUACAGCGCCAUUGAAGCAGGUACAGGAACGACAGUAUACGUUGCAGGUACUCCUGGUGUUGGUAAGACUUUGACAGUGCGAGAGGUUGUAAAAGAACUAUUACAGUCUGUCGAGCAAAGGGAACUUCCUAGCUUUCAAUAUGUUGAAAUAAAUGGACUGAAGAUGAUAAAGCCUACCGACAGUUAUGAGGUGCUAUGGAAUAAAAUUUCUGGCGAAAGACUCACCUCUGGAGCAGCCAUGGAAUCUUUAGAGUUUUAUUUCAACAAAGUGCCCAAAAACAAAAAAAAACCAAUUUUAGUGCUUCUAGAUGAACUGGAUGCUUUAGUGACCAAGAGUCAAGAUGUCAUUUACAACUUUUUCAAUUGGACGACUUAUUCUAAUGCCAAAUUAAUCGUAGUAGCAGUGGCCAACACAAUGGAUUUGCCGGAAAGGCAGUUGGGCAAUAAAGUAUCAUCUAGAAUUGGUUUCACCAGAAUCAUGUUUACGGGCUAUAACCACGAUGAAUUGAAGACGAUUAUUAACCUGCGAUUAAAGGGACUUGAUGAAAGCUACUUUUACGUUAACUCCAAAAACGGAAGCGCUUACAUCAUUACUGAUGAUGACAAGGAGCCCGAUGUUGACACAAGUAAAAUGCUUAGAGUGAAGCUGAAAAUAGCUCCAGACGCCAUUGAAAUUGCAUCCAGAAAAAUUGCUAGUGUAAGUGGUGAUGCAAGAAGAGCACUUAAAGCCUGCAAAAGAGCUGUCGAGAUCGCUGAACAUGAAUACAUGGAACAUAAUGGCUAUGGAUAUGAUGGGUUGCCGAACGGGAUACCGAAAGGGAUGACACAAGAUGGACAAUCUCGGUCUAUUUUCAAUGAGGACGAUGUACAGUACGUUAAAAUCGCUCAUAUCAUGAAAGCGUUGAAUGAAUCGGUGAACUCGCCUCUUGUAAUUUUCUUAGCCAGUUUACCAUUUACGACCAAAUUGUUCCUAUAUGCAAUGGUGAGCCUGAUUAGGAAAACUGGCAGUCAAGAACAGCCACUGGGUGAUAUUGUGGAUGAAAUAAAGUUAUCCAUCGAUGCAAAUGGAAAAAACAAGUAUAUUGUGGAAAUGCAGCGCGUACUUUUCAACCAAGACCGAGACUUGACAUUAGAGCAGCUUCGAAUUAUAUCAUGGGAGUUUUUGGUGAACCAAUUGAUUGAGGCGGGUGUUAUCAUCAGACAGAAUCUUAAGAAUGAGCGCCUGAGCGCAGUUAAGUUUAGUGUCCCGAUUGAAGAUGUCAAGUGCGCUUUAGAACAGGAUAAAGUCAUGAAAAUGUUUUGA